AUGGAGCCUGCUCGGUAUCUUUCUGCAGAAAAGGAUGUUGUGUCUGCUGCGCCGCCGCCGAGGGAAGUGACGUGGAACGUGACGCAUGCGCACAGGACGGAGGUGGUGGGUCGGUGUGUGACGGGUGCCUUCCUGUCGCUGCUGAUCCUCUGGACUCUGUGUGGGAACGUGCUGGUGUGCAGCGCCGUGCUGCGUUUUAGACAUCUACGCUCCAAAGUCACCAACAUCUUCAUUGUGUCGCUGGCGCUGUCCGACCUGCUGGUGGCGCUGCUGGUGAUGCCGUGGAAGGCGGUUGCUGAGGUGACGGGACAUUGGCCGUUUGGCGCCUUCUGUGACGUGUGGGUAGCAUUUGAUAUCAUGUGUUCCACUGCGUCCAUCUUGAACCUGUGCAUGAUCAGCAUGGAUCGCUACUGGGCCAUCUCUGCGCCGUUCCGCUAUGAGCGGAAGAUGACGCAGCGUGCGGCAUUCGUGAUGAUCGGUGUCUCGUGGACGCUGUCUGUGCUGAUCUCCUUCAUCCCGGUGCAGCUGCAGUGGCAUAAGGCCGCGGGCGCGGAGCAGCACGUAGACGAGAACUGUGACUCCAGCCUGAGCCGCACAUACGCCAUAUCCUCGUCGCUUGUGAGCUUCUACAUCCCGGUCGCCAUCAUGAUCGUCACAUACACUCGCAUCUACCGCAUCGCACAGAUGCAGAUCCGUAGGAUUGCCACGCUGGAGCGUGCCGCAGAGCACGCGCAGAGCUGUCGUAUGAAGAGACUGGAGUGUGUGCAGCACAGCUCGCUCAAGAGCUCGCUGAAGCGCGAGACCAAAGUGCUGAAGACGCUGUCAGUCAUCAUGGGGGUGUUUGUGUGCUGCUGGCUGCCCUUCUUUGUCUUGAACUGUUUGGUUCCGUUCUGUGAGAAGCCUGGGGCACACCGCAGUGCUGCUUGUGUCAGCGACACCACCUUCAACGUGUUUGUGUGGUUCGGAUGGACCAACUCCUCCCUGAACCCCGUCAUCUACGCCUUCAAUGCAGAGUUCCGGAAGGCGUUUGCCAGUCUGUUGGGUUGCCGUGUGCUGUGCCGCACGCCGGUGCAGACGGUCAACAUCAGUAACGAGUUGGUGUCGUACAAUCAGGACACACUGAUCCACAGAGACCUGGUGUCAUACGACCAGAGCGCACGAAUCCACAGAGACCUGGUGUCGUACGACCAGAGCGCACAAAUCCACAGAGAAAUCGUCAGCGCGUACGCCAGCAUCAUCCCCAACGUGGUUGACUGUCUCAAUGACGACUUCGACCGCAUUUCACAGCUCACACAAACUGCGCACGACCCGGAAGACCUGGUGUGCGAAACAGACAUAUGA